AUGGCAAAUCAAUUCGAUGAUCUAAACGUAACAAGUGCAGAACUCCAAUCCGCGCCUCCAAAAAAACAACCAGGAACACGGGGAGACGUUCAAAAAUUCAAAACUAACGCCCAAAAAAUCACACUCGAUCGAAAUUUGGCGCUCUUCAAGUAUGACGUGGAUAUCAGACUAAUCUUUCGAAAACCCGAUGGAAGUGAAGGCAAAAAAUCAUUGACCAAAGGACCACGCAACGAUUGUCAUUUGCAAUAUCGCGUGAAAUAUGCAGCAAUAGCGCUGAAAGUCGCGUUAACAGAAAGAAUUGCAGAGGCGGAUUAUUUCUAUGAUUUGCAAGCGAAUCUGUACUCAACAACGCAACUCAAAGAAGAUAUCGUGAGUAACACGCGCUCCACCCAAAUAAACACGCAACGCAGACCUUGAACCGUUCCCUUAUUUGUGUGGUGCGGCGCGGUCUGCGUUGCGUGUCUAUUUCGGUCCAAAAAAAUAAUGCAAAACAUUUUCAGCAUCUAACACUUCCUCCAGGAGAUGUUAUCCCAGACGAUGCAACUUGUAUCAACGUUAAAGUCAGCAUCACAAGAGUUGCCGACACGUUCCAAGUUUCCACCAACGACACCGCAAGAACAGUCAACGCAGUCUACGGAACAGCCGACGUCACUCUUCUCGAAGCUCUCAACACGUGCGUCAGUGGUUCGUUGCUCGAUCGAGACAAUCUACUCAGCUACAAAGGUCAUCACUAUUUUGCCAAUACACCCGAACUUCAACAACGAAAUCUGUUGGCAGAGAUUCAAGGUUCACAAUAUCUUCGAGUUGGAAUCGCGGAAGCUGUCAAACCGUACGAGGUUCGAGAUGAGAAGGGAAAAUUGGAAGAAAAUCAAGUUGCACUUCAUUGUGUUGUUGAUAUGAAGAAGACUGCUUUUCAUGAGGAUUAUGUGAUUUUGGUUGAAAAGUUCAGGGCGAUUUUAGGUUUGAAUUUCAACGUACGAUUUCCUCCUAUCAGCUCAAAUGAUCCAAAUGGCAAAUUUUUGCUAGAAAAAGUGAAAGGUAAUAAAAUCAACGAAAUCGGGAAACAAUCAAUAUUAUCGAAAAUCUCACCACGCGAUCCACCGAAAUAAACACGCAACGCAUACCGCCUCGCGCCACAACACACAAAAAAGGGAGGGAAUUUUAAUCGUUCCCUUUUUUGUGUGUUGUGGCGCGACGCGGUCUGCGUUGCGUGUUCAUUUCGGUGGAGCGCGUGAUGAGAUUUUCGAUAAUAUUGAUUGUUUCCCGACCGCGACGCACAGCCGCACGCGACUGACGAUGAAAAAUGUUAUAAUAGUUUGUUUUAACAUUGAAAGAUCAAAAGUCAGGUAAAAAUUAAAAAGAGUGUUUUAGCCAAAAAUGAUGAAAAAUCGACGAUUUUUAAGCGUCCGAGGUGAAUUCUGGUAAAAAAUUGACUUUGGUUUCCACUUUUAAGAAGAAUCAGCAAAAACUUCUAUAAAGUGGAUUCCUAGGGUCAGUUUUUACCAGAAAUCACCACAGAUGCUUGAAAUUCUUCGAUUUGUCAUCAUUUUUGGCUGAAAAACUCGAAAAAAUUAAUUUUGACCUUUUUGACUUUUCUUGAAUUGAUCUUUCAAUGUUAAAAAAAACAUUUAUAACAUUUUUUUCGUUCGUGAAUCGUCAGUCGCGUGCGGCUGUGCGUCGCGGUCGGCAUACAUGAAUUAUUAGAGAAAAUGAAUAUUCUUCAGGAUUGGUUGUUCAUCUCAAUUAUGCCCGCAACCUAAAUCGAGGCGAAUUUGCCAAAUCAAUAAUCAUCGGAGGAUUCGGUCCACCACCCUCAAGAGUUCGAUUUGAUUAUAAUGGCGAAAACACCUCGAUGGUCCAAUACUUCGAAACACGAUUUAAUAUAAACCUUGCCUAUCCAAAUCUCUUCACAGUUUUCGACAGAAAAAAUCCCAAUGUGUAUUUUCCACCGGAACUUCUUCUACUCGGCGAAAAACAGCGUGUAACAAGUCGACAAUUGCUUGCCGAAGGACAACGCGCAUUGGUGGAAUCGACGGCGAUUCUGCCGGCUUUGCGAGAGCAACAAACGCGCACUCUUGCGACAAUGGUUGGUUUGGCUGGCGAUAAUGCGAAUGAAAAACUCGAAUCAACUGGAAUCCAUAUUGAUCGCAACAAUCUUCUAGUCAAUGGCAGAGUUUUGCCAAGUGCCAAGAUUAUUGCUUUUGAGAGAGAAACUUCUAUGACCAAGAAUAGUUGGACGUAUCGCAAGUUCCUAAAACCUAUGAGAAUGCCUCAAUGGACGCUUGUCAUUCUCCAGGUUCUAAUCGAUCAAGAUAAUUUCUUGAAGAAAUUGAGAGAUCGAGUUACGGCAACUGGAAUGGUAUGGAAUCGACCAGACACAAUUAUUCGAAAGAAUGAUGGUGAUCAAUAUAGUGUUGAGAAUAUUAUGUCUGCACGAAAAAAAGCUGGGACGAAAUUUGUGUUUUUUGUUGUCAGGGAUAAACUUGAGUUUCAUCGUAAGUUGACUCAACUUUCACAUGACGUGGCAAAUUUGCUCUUUUGGACCAUCAAAAUCAUGUUUUUUCACUUCAGAACCAUUAAAAUCAUGUUUUUUCGCCUCAGAACCAUUAAAAUCAUGUUUUUUCGCUUUGGGACUAUAAAAAUCCUCAAAUUUCGGUCUAGGAGCUAGAAAAUCUUGCUUUUUUGCUCCAAGAUCCAAAAAUUCUGCUGAAUUUGCUCUAGGACCCGAAAAAUUAUCAGUUUUCGCUCUAGGACCCAGAAAAUCAUGUUUUUUCGCUCCGGGACCAUCAAAAUCAUGUUUUUUCGCUCCAGCACCCAGAAAAUCAUGUUUUUUCGCUCUGAUACCAUUAAAAUCAUAAAUUUUCGCUUCAGGACCCGGAAAGUCAUGUUUUUUUUCGGGUCAGAAUCAUUAAAAUCAUCAGUUUUCGCUCUAGGACCCAGAAAAUCAUGUUUUUUCGCUCUGGGACCAUUAAAAUUAUUUUUUUCGCUCUGGGACCACUAAAAUCAUCAGUUUUCACUUCAGGACCUAGAAAAUCAUGUUUUUCUAGCUUUGGGACCAAUAAAAUCGUGAAUAUUUUUUGAAAUUUGCCACGUCAUAGCUCACAUUGAGUUUUGCAAAUUUCGUUUUCACGAAAAAAACCUUUAUCUUGUUCAGAAGAAAUCAAACUACUGGAGCAUAAAUAUGAUCUACUAACUCAAGAAGUUCGCGGAACAGUUGCUGUCGAAAUCGUCAAAAAAGGCCAACCAAUGACUGUGGCGAACAUCGUGAAUAAAAUGAAUUUGAAGUUGGGUGGAUGUAAUUGGGAAGUUGCCGGAUACACACAGGCUGGUCAGGAUAUUAUCCGAGGCUCGCAAUAUCUCUGUCAAACAAACGUCUAUCGUCCGCUGAUUGUUGGAUUCGAAACAUCAAUGGGUCUUGUCGAUAAUUUGGUGUGUGUUGGAUAUUCGGCGAAUCCAACUAAGCAGAUGCAAAAUUUUAUUGGCAAUUACAAAUAUGUUAAGCAGCAUAGUAAUGUAAGCAGGGGUUUUUUACGUUUCAACGGAAAAUGUUCAAAUGCACUUCUUCACCAAAAAGUGAAGUUGAACAUAGUAAAUUUCAGAAAAAAGAAAUAUGGCCGAACUAUUCCGGUGGCCGAGAAAUGUCGGGAAUUCGGCCACUCGCUUCGAUACGAUUUUCGCAACAUUAGAGCGAGUUUGUGGCUUUGGCUGAAUUCGCGACGUUUCUCGGCCACCGGAAUGGUUCGGCCACAUAUUGUGGAAUUAAAAAAAUGUGGCAGAGGAAAAAAGAGUCAGCUAGUCCCUCGUAAAUAUUUCGAAAAUGAAUGAAUGUCUGUGUGUGCGCGCAGUCGCGAUGCGGUCGAAGAAAUCAACAUUUUUGAAGGAAAACAAUGCAAAAAAUUGCCGAUAUUGAUUUUAUUACGACCGCAUCGCGACCGCGCGCACACACAGACAUUCAUUCAUUUUCGAAAUAUUUACGAGGGACUAGCUGACUCUGUUUUCCUUUGCCACAUUUUUUUAAUUCCACAAUAUAUCUUUACAUUUUUUUCUGAAAUUUAUUAUGUUCAAUUUCAAUUUUUUGGUGAAGUAAGUGCAUUUUUAAUUUUUAAAAGUGCCCAUAAUUUAAAAAAUACAACAAAAAAAACGUGAUUUUACAGAUUUAUGGACAAGUUCUUCGCUCAGCGUUGGAUGAAAUGUUGGACAGAUUUGUUGAAGCAAAUAGGGAAAAAAUGAUGCAAAUCCUGCCAACCCAUUUAUAUAUCUAUUUGAAUGGUGUAUCCGAAGGACAAUAUCAUUUGGUUGCCAAUAGCUAUUUGCAAAUUGUGAAACAAGUGUGUUUAGCAAGACGUCCAACUCCAAAAUAUCAACCAAAAAUAUCGAUUAUGUGUGUCUCGAAGACUCCAAACGAACGAAUCACUCGGGUGAAACCAACAGGAGAAAAGGCUUCACUGCAGAAUAUUCCACCAGGAACCUGUAUUGAUACAAUGAUUGUUAACCCGGUGAUCAAUGAGUUUUUCCUGAAUUCGCAUUUAGCGAUUCAGGGGACAGCGAGAACCCCAAAAUUCUCGCUGGUUGUUGAUGUUCCGGGAAUGGAUAUGGAUUUUCACGAGGGCCUGGCACAUCAAUUGUCGUUUUUGCAUGGAAUUGUUAGCUCGACGACGGCUCUUCCCGCUCCGCUUGUUGUUGCUGAUCGAUAUGCGAAACGUGGCAGGGAUAAUUAUAAAACACACUUCAAACGACGCGAUGUUCCAAGGUUGGCAGAUUCGGAAGAGGUGGAUUUUGAGCAAUUGAAUAAACUUCUAACAUAUACUGAAAAAGAGCUGGUCAAAGUACGUUUCAAUGCUUAA